UGUGCUUGCGCCGCGUGUGUGUGUGCGUGUGGUGCUGCAACUAAAAUUCGCGGAUUUAUUUGUUAAUAAUAAUACAAAGAUCAAUCAAAACGCAUUAUUAUUAUUCAAUAGAAGUUGCGACGCGGGCGACAUAGGCGAAAAGUGAAAAUAACUGCAGCGCCGCCAACGGCAAACAGCGUAAACAGCUGACGGCCAGCGCCAACGCCAGCGGCAAAAGCAAAGCAACAACAACAGCAGCUCGCGUCUGUGUGCGUGUGCUCGUGUGUGUGCGUGUGUUUGUUUGUGUGUGCGUGUUUUUUUGUGUUUAUUUUUGGAAUUAAAAAGCUAGCAGGCGAUUUGUGAGUGUUUUGGGGGGCACAACUAAAGCUAAAACCCAAAAUCGAAAUCUGAAAAAAGUGUGCCGCAGCGGCAAUAAUAGACGCGCGUGGUGCCUUGGAUUUAUUGUACGGCUCCACGGUGGAGAACUUUUAUCUGAGAAUGGAUCCAGCGCGCGGUGACUCGCGCUAUAACCUAAACUACUCGAUGAGUAGUAUAGGUUUAAGUCUCGCCGAUCAGGCGGACAUGUAUGGCAAUCCCGCUGUAGCGGCACUUGGCGCUCGUCCGCCCAGCGGCGGUCUGCUCCAAAGCAUGGGCAGCGGCGUCGGCGGCGGCGUCGGCGUUGGUCUUGCCAUGCAGCGUCCCAAUCCAGCGGCGGCAGCAGCAGCGGCGCAACAGCAACAACAGCAGCAGCAGCAGCAGCAACAACAACAGUGCCAAACGCUGGGCAACAGUCAAACGCACAGUCCACAACACCAGCAGCAGCAACAACAACAACAGCAGCAACAACAACAACAGCAGCAGCAGCAGCAACAACAGCAACAACAACAGCAAUCACGCGGUCUUAAGCGCAGCGGCAGCGAUUGCUAUGAAGAUCAUCGUUCCAGCGGCGGCGGCAUGACGCUGCAGGGUCUGGAAAGCUGCGCCGCUGGCAGCGUCGCUGUCGCCGGCGUUGACGUUGACGGCGUCGAUGGCUACAAUGCGCUGCCCAAUAAGAAAUCACCGCCCGCCAAUGGCAAAAAGACAAAGGGACGCGUCAAAAUCAAAAUGGAGUACAUUGACAACAAGCUGCGUCGCUACACAACGUUCUCCAAGCGCAAAACGGGCAUCAUGAAGAAGGCCUACGAGCUGUCGACGCUGACUGGAACCCAGGUGAUGCUGUUGGUGGCCAGUGAGACGGGUCACGUCUACACAUUUGCCACGCGCAAGCUGCAGCCGAUGAUUACCUCGGAGGCGGGCAAGCAGCUCAUACAGACGUGCCUCAACUCACCGGAUCCGCCAAGUGUUGGCGGCGGAGAUCAGCGCAUGUCCGCCACGGGCUUCGAGGAGACGGAGCUUAGCUACAACAUCGCCGAUGAGGACUCCAAAGAUGAUCGCUCGCCAACAUCGUCGGGCAAUGAAUCGGAUGAUUCUUCGGAUGUGGAGAUGCCAAUGCCGACUGAUGCCGAGGUUGCCAAAUUAGCGCCUCAGGAGUUCAAAUCAGAGACAGCAACAACCUCCUCAUCAGCGGCUGCCACAGCUGCCUGCCCCAAGCCAAUGCCAGCAGCAUUGAACUAUCAGACUGAGACUGGACCAUCCACAUCCUCUGCAGCAUCAGCAACAGCAGCAGCAGCAGCAGCAACAACAGCAGCAACAUCAUCGGAUAACAAAUAUAUUUAUCCAGCCACGUCGUUUGCCAACAUACCGCCGGAUAUGCUGAGACAACUUAUACAAUCGGGACAGUUGCAAGUUCAUGCAGAAGAGGAUGGCAAUCAGUAUGUGACCAUACCUCUGAGCUCCACAGUCGCCAGUUACAUCAAGGGCAAAUCCGCAGCGGCUGUGACAGUUAACACCACUCCCAAUCCAAAGUCUGAGAAGAAUGCCGAGAAAACGCUAUCAAUUAAACAGGAAUACGAUUAGCCUUUCUAUAGCCUAUCGGAUCGGCCUAGUUGUAAAUUGCUUUUAUGACAACAUUUGAAUACAUGUAAAUCCACAAUCAGAUUAUAAUCAAGCGAACCAAG